GAGAUAUGGGAGUGAAUGGCAUUCAUAAUAUAAAUAACGGUUACUUCUUCCAAAAGCUUCAUUCCGGAUCAGCCAUGAAACUCCUUCUAGUCUGUGUGCUGCUCGGGGCAGCGGCUGCAUUUGAGGAGGAUGAUGACAAGAUCAUCGGAGGCUCCACGUGCACCAAGAACUCUGUCCCCUAUAUUGCAUCCUUGAAUGCUGGUUACCAUUUCUGCGGAGGGUCCCUGAUUAGCAGCCAGUGGGUGGUCUCUGCCGCUCACUGCUACAAAGUGAAUGUUCAGGUGAGACUUGGAGAACACAACAUCGCUGUGAGUGAGGGCACCGAGCAGUUCAUCAACUCCGUCAAGGUCAUCAGACACUCCGGAUACAACUCCAGAACCCUGGACAAUGACAUCAUGUUGAUCAAGCUUGCCUCUCCCGCCACCCUGAACUCCUACGUGAAUACCGUGGCUCUGCCCUCCAGCUGCGCCUCCUCUGGAACCAAUUGUCAGAUCUCUGGAUGGGGCAACACUCUCAUCAGCGACACUAACUAUCCAGACCUCCUUCAGUGUCUGAAAGCCCCCAUUCUGACUGACGCCCAGUGCAAGAACGCCUACCCCGGGGAGAUCACCGCCAACAUGAUCUGCGUUGGUUACCUUGACGGUGGCAAGGACUCCUGCCAGGGUGAUUCUGGAGGCCCUGUGGUAUGUAACAGAGAACUCCAGGGUAUUGUCUCCUGGGGAUACGGCUGUGCGCUGAAGAACUACCCCGGCGUGUACACCAAGGUCUGCAACUACAACUCCUGGAUCCAGAACACCAUCGCUGCUAACUAAAUGUUUUAAUAAAAUAUAUACGCUUUCUUUUCA